UUUUUCUAUCACCAAAAAAGUCUUGUCACCCACCCAAGAAACGCAGCCCCUAGCCGAUUCCGGUUUAAAAGCUACAUCCUGACCUCAACCUUCUCCUCUACUCCAUGUGCGACCACUUCUUUCUAUUUUUGCUCCUCUGAUUUGCCAUUUUUUUUCCUUUUCAUCUCGACAUGUCGAAGUCUAGGUGCAAAUUCACUUCAAGACCCUCUCUAACACACCAGAAUACAAUUUCCUUGCCCAGGAUAUGACUCUCAGCCCAUAUAAUUAGACAAAACAUCAAAAACUUGUAGAUUUUCUUUGGCUCUAGAUGAUUGGGUGUCUCCACCUCCUAGUGUUUAUUCGUGUUUAUAGCUGUUGCUUUAGGGUUUUAGGCUUUACUUGAUUUCUGGAGUGGUCAUUUUCAUAUCCGUUUCCACAACUGGGUUUGUCGAGAGAGAUGGAGGACUACAAUCAAAUGAGUGAAAACACGACUCCGAGGGGAAAUUUCUUGUAUGCUUCACAACUUCUUGCACCUAAUUCCUCGCCUUAUGGGAGGACCAGUAGUGGCUCUACAGUGAGCAAUCAGCAGACCCAGAUGCCUUUAAAUCCUUUCCAUCUUCAAUCAAAUGAUCAGUGCUUCCAAUCUGAUACACAUCCUAUAGUGAAAACUGAAGCCAGCACUUCACAUGCUCAAAAAUUUCACUACCCUCUAUUGAGAGGGUACCAAACAAUUAACCAGCAGCAACAAGGAAGUGAAAGCUCCAGUGAAGUUGAAGCCAUCAAAGCCAAGAUCAUAGCCCAUUCUCAGUACUCUAACCUCCUAGAAGCUUACAUGGACUGCCAAAAGGUAGGAGCUCCGCCUGAAGUAGUAGCUCGGCUUGCAGCUGCUCGUCAAGAGUUUGAAUCAAGACAACGAUCUUUUAUCACUUCAAGGGACAAUUCGAAAGACCCAGAACUAGAUCAGUUCAUGGAAGCUUAUUACGACAUGCUAGUGAAGUACCGUGAGGAGCUUACAAGACCUAUACAAGAAGCCAUGGAUUUCAUGCGAAGAAUCGAAACUCAGCUUAAUAUGAUCUGCCAUGGUCCCUUGAGAAUCUUCAAUUCUGAUGACAAGUCUGAGGGUGUCGGCUCAUCAGAAGAUGAUCAAGACAACAGUGGAGGGGAGACUGAACUACCUGAGAUCGAUCCCCGUGCUGAAGACCGAGAGCUAAAGAAUCACCUAUUGAGGAAGUAUAGUGGUUAUUUAGGCAGUCUCAAGCAAGAACUAUCUAAGAAGAAGAAGAAGGGGAAGCUGCCCAAAGAAGCCAGGCAGAAGCUACUCAGUUGGUGGGAGCUACACUACAAAUGGCCAUAUCCUUCAGAGACGGAGAAGGUGGCAUUAGCUGAAACAACUGGUUUGGAUCAGAAACAAAUUAAUAAUUGGUUCAUUAAUCAAAGGAAGCGACAUUGGAAACCAUCUGAAGAUAUGCAAUUCAUGGUGAUGGAUGGCCUUCAUCCUCAGAAUGCAGCUCUCUAUAUGGAUGGCCACUACAUGGGUGAUGGUCAUUAUCGGCUGGGUCCAUGAGUGUCAAGCUUCAUGCUUUAUUCUUAAUGGUAGUUUUCAUUUAAGGCCUAGCGUGGAACCAGUUAUUCAUGCCUUGUGGAAUUAAUAGCGAAACUUAGGUUAUGUCCUUGGAAACUAAAACUAUACUGCUCGUUUCCUCACGAGAAAUAUCAUAACUAUGGUCUUGUGUAGCUUGCCUGGAUGUAGCUGUGAUCAUUGAGAUCGAUGGCCGUUGUUAUUGUGUCGGUUACAUUGCUGUGGAGCAUCCUCAUUGGUGUUCUUAAACUCUGGAAUCUUUAGAAGACGUUGAGUUCUUGCGUGUAACUUGGCUGACCAUGCGUCAGUCCAAGAGUAUGUAAUGAGGGAAAUAAGUAGGGGAUAGGUUGUGGCGACUUUCAGAAUGUGUCCCAUAAUAGCGUACUGUAAGGACUAUUUACAGCUGUCAAGUGUAUAAUAUAGUCAGAAGCAGUGAAUGUGA